AUGGUUAAGAAGCGAAAAAGCAAAAAAACUUCCAAAGACGCACCAACAUUUACUGCUACCAAUGUAAUUGAAAGCACUGAUCUUAUAAAUCCUUAUAUUGAACGGACCAGAGAUGAAAUCAUCCAAAUAUCCCGAUUCAAGCAAAUAAAAAUAAAUUUCAGCGAAGAAGACAACACACAGCUUCCCCCACGGCAUAACUAUCUUUUCCAUAUUGAUUUCAAUAGAGCACAAAGCGAAACAAUAGAAGAUCCUCUUCCACCUGAUGAAGUCGAAGAAUACAGCAGAUACGCUGACGAGCUCUUCCGAGACUUUGCCAGCAAAGCUCCCGACUAUGACCUAAACGAAAAUGUCCUAAGCCACAAUCUUUCUGAUGGCGUCACAAUUAGAGAAAUGCUUCAAGCCAUUAAAACUAGCCCAUAUAAAGAUGACUUCAGGACUUACCUUGAAAAAAUCCAAUUUAACUCUAUUAAUCAAAUAAAGCUCAAAGAAAAAGAAGAAACCAUAAUAAUUGAAGCUGUCGAAAGCUUCAAGCGAGGACUCUCAAUUAAGGACGCUUAUCAAGAAAUGAAAGGGAGAGCUUCUUCUGAGAAAUUAAAAAGCAUAUAUAAACUAUGAAAGCUCAAUGGAGACAGCUACCUCAGUAAAAUCAAGAAAAAAACAAUGCCUGCAUUGAAGCCUGAACAUAUGGCAUUUCUUAAAGAAAUUUCUGAAGACCCAAGAAAUACAGUUUUAUCAGGAAGGGAAAGAAAAUUAUUAUUAUGCAACCAUUUUGGGACCAAAAUUAAAACUGAUAGUGUCAGGCAGGCUUUGAAAGAGCUUGGGUAUUCAUUGAAAAGAAUCAGACUCCAUGUGCCUGAAGCUGACAGGAUUUCACAUAGAAACUCCCGAUGCAGAGUGGUGCAGCAGCUUGUUAUGCUACAAAGGGCAGGGAAAGAAAUGGUCAGUGUUGACGAAGCUCAAGUAAAUAGAGGAGAAACUGCAAACUAUGGCUGGGCAAAAAAAGGCCAAAGAGCUUUAUAUAUAAGAGGACGCAAAGGAAAGCCUUUACAAAUAGUAACAGCUGCAAGACCUAGUGGAUUAAUCGGGUACAUAAUCAAGCAAAACAGAAUUGACCAAUACUCUUAUAAGCAUUUCCUAAGCUUAGUAUUUGAAAAACUCAAAGAAAUCGACCCAGAAAACUAUAAAGAAAGGUUUUUCAUAUUCAUGGACAAUGCUUCUGCACACAAAACCAAGCUAAUAAAAGACUACUGCGAAAUUCAUGGAAUGAUUGUCCUCUGCAAUGCUCCGAUGACCCCACAGCUGAAUCCUAUUGAAUUUGUAUUUUCUAUGUUUAAAUGAAAUUUAAGAAGGCUCCCAAUGAGUGAGCAUGAUGACUUAUUGACUUAUGUUUAUGAAGCAUUUAAGAGAAUUAAGCCAAGACACAUUUAUAAUGCUUAUAUUCAUGCCAUGAGAUCUUAUAAGCCUGCACUGAGAUAUGAAAUGAUGCACGAUACCAGAGGAUAUAACAAGAUCGACUGUAAGAUCAAAUGUGCAGGAAAACAUGUGAAAACUUUGAUUAAUUUCAUGAAACUUAACACCCUUUAA